AUGGCCGACCUUGCUAGUCGCAUCACAGAGCCGCCGGCCGAGGGCGCGGCUCCGGAAGCUCCUCAGGAGGUCCAUGAAGCCCAGGAAGCUGAAGUCCCUCAGGCCGACGGCGCCGUAGACUCUGGUCUUAUCGAGAAUACCUACGAUGUCGACGUCAAGCUCGGCGACCUCCAGUCCGACCAGAACAGCACUCUCUACUCGGUCUCAACCUUUGCCGAAAUGAACCUUCGCGACGAGAUUCUUCGUGGUCUUCUUUCCCUCAACUACCAAAAGCCCUCCAAGAUUCAGGAGAAGGCCCUUCCCUUGAUGCUGACCGAUCCCCCCCGGAACAUGAUUGCCCAGUCGCAAUCUGGAACUGGCAAGACGGCUGCCUUUGUCGUUACUACCCUGUCGCGAGUCGACUUCUCACAGCUCGAGCAACCCCAGGCACUGAUGCUGGCUCCCAGUCGCGAGCUUGCUCGUCAGAUUGAGGGCGUUGUGCGCAACAUCGGCAAGUUCUGCGAGGGUCUCAACGUUGCUGCAGCUCUUCCUGGUGCUUUGGAGCGUAAUGCCCCUGUCAGAGCCAAUGUCAUUGUUGGAACACCUGGUACCGUCAUGGACAUCAUCCGUAGACGUCAGCUGGAUGUCUCCAAGCUUCGGCUCCUCGUUAUUGACGAGGCCGACAACAUGUUGGACCAGCAAGGUCUGGGCGAGCAGUGCCUCCGUGUUAAGAACAUGCUGCCCCGCGACAUCCAGAUCCUUCUGUUCUCCGCCACCUUCCCUGACAAGGUCAUGGGCUUCGCCGAGAAAUUUGCGCCCAAGGCUGAUCAAAUCCGUUUGAAGCACACCGAGCUCACCGUCAAGGGCAUUUCUCAGAUGUACAUCGAUUGCCCUACCGAGCAGGACAAGUACGAGGUGCUGGUGAAGCUGUACGGUCUCAUGACCAUUGGCUCCUCCGUCAUCUUCGUCAAGACUCGUGAAAGUGCGGACGAGAUUAAGCGCAGAAUGGAGGCGGACGGCCAUCGUGUUUCCGCCCUUCACGGUGCCAAGGACGGCCCAGAGCGCGAUCGUCUCUUGGAGGAGUUCAGAACCGGCCAGUCCAAGGUGCUCCUCACCACCAACGUGUUGGCCCGCGGCAUCGAUGUGUCCAGUGUUUCCAUGGUCAUCAACUACGAUAUCCCCAUGAAGGGACGUGGAGAUUCGGAGCCUGACCCUGAGACCUACCUGCACCGCAUUGGCCGCACAGGACGUUUCGGCCGCAUCGGUGUGAGCAUCAGCUUCGUCUACGAUAAGAAGAGUUUCUAUGCCCUCAAGAAUAUCGCAGAUUUGUACGAGAUUGAUCUCGUCCAGCUCGAUGCCAACGACUGGGACCAGACCGAGGAAGACGUGCAGAAGGUCAUCAAGUCCAACCGCGCCAAGGCUGCAUUCGCACCCAGCGCGACCGAUGCCAGCGUCAAUUGGUUGUCAACAGACCGUAUGAAGGAUGGGACCUUCAUUCAAAUGUCCUCCCGUACAAUGGCCCUCAAGUCUCUUCUUUGGACACUCUUACUCACACUACCGGCCUCCCUCACCACGGCGACGUCGUUCAACCUGUCGAGCGAGAUUACGCGAUUCGUACCAACGUGUGCCCGCGAAUGCUUCCGUUCUCAUCUGACUGCCAACUACGACCUCUCCACCUGCGGCAGUGCUCCCACUCUGCAAUGUCUGUGUGCCAAUGUUGGCUUCUCAGGCCUCACUUUAGGGGAGGGUGCUGUGCAGUGUAUCGUCGCAGAGAAGGGCAUAGGUUUCUGUCGCGAAAGUGAUGCGCCGCAGACUGUGAUCGACGCAGCAUACCUGAUGUGCUCGAACCAACCGGGGGCUGUUCAGCCCACACACACAGCCAUCAUUGCAACGUUGAUUAUUCCUUCCUCUGGAGGUAUCAUCCUCGUUCCCCCAAGGACAACCACAAGGACCGCCUUAUCAACAUCGACGAGCCAUCUCACGACUUCGAUUCCGACGACUCUCAUCUCGGCAACAGGCACACCGUCCAUCCCAAAUACGUCUACAACGUUCGCUACCUCUACUGUACCUCAAGCUUCUACUACGGAUAGCAUUGUUACACCACCGCCAUUGCCGUCAUCCUCCACAGCGACACCUUCCGCAUCUGCAACUGCAAUCCCAGGAGCUGAGGGCGCCGACGCCGGCACCUCCAAGAGCUUGGGCACCGCCCAAGUGGCAGGUCUCGCAGUCGGUAUUGCAGCUGCCCUCGGGAUUGCCAUCCUCGCCAUAUGCUUCGCCCGCCGCAAGCGCAGAAAGGACUACCCGGAUGAAAAGACGGGCUUCUUCCCCGUGCGAGAGAAGGACUCUUGGGAGUUCCACCCGCAAGAGGGCCCCGCCAACAUCUUUCACAUUUCUCCGCCUGUCCACCAUGCGCAAUCCCCUUCUCCGCCACCAUUACGCCAGCCCCCGGCGGCGCGUACCCGGACAAGCGGUCGCAUGAGCUGGUGGCCCGGCGCAAUCGGCCUUGCCGUCUCCCGGCCUGAGAGCACAUCAGCUGCCUACCGUCCGUCACCUCAGGCGCAGAACCGCCCAACGUCACGUCUCCUCCCAGCCAAGCCGUCUCUUUCGUCACCAAAGCCGGUACUCUCCCUCAAGAUUCCCGAGAUAGACCUCACACCGUCGUCACUUCCUCGGGCGGACCAAAGCGGAUCUGCACCAACAAACUCGCAAAUCUUCAAGACGGCCAAGCUCACAGCGCCUCCAAAGAGUCAUUAUAAUGCUCGCGAAAGCACAAUGACAGAAUUUGAAGAGGACGGCGCCAUCACCUCGGCUCGUUCGGCUCGCUCAAAUAACAUCUGGAGACCACCCUCAGCAACAGUGGGCAGCAACAACGUUCCCAAGUCUGCCACGUACUACGUAGCAGACAAGAACGGCAACUGGGUCCUAGGGGACCCCAAGAGCGCUACACACAUGGCACAGAUCGCCGAGCUCGACGCCUCGGGCGCGAGCCAGGGAGGUGGCGCCAAAGCGAAACCUUCCUACGCCGAGUCUGCCAUGCUUGCGGCCACGGCCACUACCGCCGGCAUGGGCCACGGAGCCGGAAGCCCCGUUGCUCCCUCCGGUCCCCGGAUGAUGCCACCACCCCCGGUUCUUCUUCCGCCUGUCGAGAUCGCUCGAACCGGUGCCCUUGCCGCUCCGCCCGCGGCUCACCAAUCCCGAACCUCGAGCGUCUACUCGCCUGCCAACACGAGACCCAACACGGUCAUCCAGAACAGCGCUCUUCCACCGUUUGCCGGAGCUCCCCACCCGGUGCCGAGCAUGUCAUUCUCUCAUCCCGAGCCUCCACGCCGCCGGAGUAACUCUCUCGGCCGCCGCAGCUCAUCAAAGUCGAAAUCUACAGGGUCCGGCACUGCCCCCUUCCCUCCUCCCGCUGCAUCAGUCUCUACAGGCGCUGGAAACCCUCCACAUCGGUCGGACAGCCACGACUCCCACGCAUCAGCCACAACGAUCGCGUCCUCCGUCGCGAGCGAGGCCGAGCCCGUAAUUGAGCAAAGCGGUCUCUCCCCUGUCGUGGAGUCACCUGCCUCAAGGGGAUCCCCAAAUGUCGGACAUUCACCCGUCUCUUACCCCGUGAUUCCCGGCCGCACGAGCUCCAAGCCCGGCUACAAUAACCUCCGCCUGCUGGCUCCUCCCGCUCGGCCUUUUGCUGCGUUUCCCGCCGGACAGCCCAGUCCCACGCUCGGGAUGAUGCAGCAACAGCAGCAGCAGCAACAGUCCCGAAACGGACCAUACAUGGCCAGCCACGACGUGCCCCGUAAACCCGUCGGCCCUCGCCCCCGUCCACCCGGCCCCGUCGCCGACCCGAGCAGGAUCGCCACUGGCUCGCCCUCGCUCCGCCUCGUGACCCCUUCUCCUCCCCGUUCCUCCUCCUCCGACAGCAACAGGAACAAUUCCCAAGGCCUCCAGCAAGAACCCCACUGGGAGCCCGCGCAAACCCAGAGGCCGCCGCAGAUGAGACCCCUCUAUCCGCCGCCUCUGAACCCCAAACGGCCCAGGCUCGAGCGCAACGACGACAUCCACCCGCAACCGCAGGCCGCGCAAGUCCAGCAGGCGCCUCUUCUUAACCAGGAGCCUCAGUCGGCUUCGGUCCACAAGGCGCUCUGGGGGAACCUCCCUCCUCGUGCCCAGCAGCAGCAACAGCAGCAACAACAGCAGCAGAAGCCAGCCCCCUACUCUGGUCUCCCGUCACAGCAGCAGCAGCCUCAACCUCCUCAGCAGAGACAGCAGCAGCAGCCCCAGCAACAGCUAAACCAACAAUCCUUCCAACAACGUCAACGCCGCCUCUCACAGCAACAACCAAACCGCCAAUCCAUCCAACAACCCCUCCCCCCCAAAUCCCCGCCCCCAAAACAGCCCCUCCCGGAAAGACCAUCCUCCGCCUCCCCAUCACCGCACCACAUCGCAACCCAAGCCAUCCGACCAACCUCGACAAUCCUACAACCACCACCACCACCGCCAACAAUCCGUCCCCCCUCCGCCUCGACAGCCGCCUCCCCCACCGUCGCAACCCCCUCAACAACAUCUUCCCUCCUCUCCAAACGCCUCGGCUCCGAACGCGCCGCCGCCCUGGCCCUCCCCAACGCCGGCCUCCGCCACAGUCCCAACUGGAGACCCGUUCGCCCAGGAGGCAACGGAGACGGAACGGAUAUGCUCCUCUCCCCCGACGCCGCUCUCUUCCCUACACCUCCUGGGUUCCCAUCCCGGACUGGCGGUGGUGGUGGUGCCGGGCGCGGUGGUCACUUGCCCGCUACGCCGACCUGGCAGCCGAAGCUGACGCCUACUCGACGGGGCGAUGACCUGUUUUUGAAUGUGCAGUGA